GGUUCAUUAUUUUGAUAUUCAGCUUCAUUUGUUUUACCGGUAUUAAUGAUAACCUGAGAUUUUUUUUAAAGAUUCAAGGAAGUUCUCCUGAAACUUUCUACAGGGAUUGUUUUAUUGGUGUCACAGUAGACAAAAGGAUACAAUAUAAAACCAUACCAAUAGCAUAAAAAUGCCACUGCUGGCAUAUAUGCCAACUGUUUUUAUGAACAGCGUUUGACCAUGAAUUUUGAUUGGACACAUAACUUUACACCAUGAGUUUUCCUGUGCUGCUGAUCACCUCAUUCCUUCACUUGAACAACGUCAAGAUUCAGAGAAAAUAAUAUUGAUUUUUUGCUAUGAUAUUCACUGACCCAAAGACUUCAUUAUUAUACUUCACUACUUUGGAAUACAGUUUGUUUUCUGUUCUUUGUUAUACAUAAUUUGUGUGCGGAUCGUAUUCAGUUUUGUUACAAAAACUAGCCAGCUGGAAUAAAUAGAAAUGAAUCGUUACCAAAUUUCCAAACAGUUAGGGGAUGGAACAUAUGGGAGUGUGUUGUUGGCCACAACAGUGGACACAAAUGAGAAAGUCGCCAUAAAAAAAAUGAAGAAAAAGUACUAUUCGUGGGAUGAAUGUUUAAAUCUAAGAGAAGUCAAGUCACUAAGGAAGCUGAACCACCCCAACAUUGUCAAGUUGAAGGAAGUUGUCAGAGAAAAUGAUAUGCUUUAUUUUGUAUUUGAGUUUAUGAAAGAAAAUCUUUAUCAGAUGAUGAAAGACAGGGACAAACUUUUACCUGAGUCUGUAGUAAGGAACAUAACAUACCAGGUACUCCAAGGGUUGUCUUUCAUGCAUAAACAUGGGUUUUUCCAUCGAGAUUUGAAACCAGAGAAUUUGUUAUGUCAUGGGACUGAGCAAGUGAAGAUAGCAGACUUUGGACUGGCUAGAGAAAUACGGUCGCGUCCUCCAUAUACAGACUAUGUAUCUACUCGUUGGUACCGUGCACCUGAAGUGUUAUUACGUUCAACAAACUAUAGUUCACCUAUUGAUAUGUGGGCAGUUGGUUGUAUAAUGGCUGAAUUGUAUACUCUAAGACCCCUGUUUCCUGGAAGUUCAGAAAUAGAUGAGAUUUUUAAAAUUUGCUCAGUGCUUGGAACCCCAAAAAAGGAAGAUUGGAAUGAAGGCUACCAGCUUGCUGCUGCCAUGAAUUUCCGCUUCAGUCAAUGUGUUCCAGUACCACUCAAACAGAUCAUACCCAAUGCUAGCAAUGAUGGGUUGCAAGUCCUUAAGGAUAUGCUCAUGUGGAAUCCACAGAAAAGACCAUCUGCCCCCCAGAGCUUGCGGUAUGGAUUUUUCCAAGUAGGCAAUGAUUUAAUGCGCCCCCCUCCUGUGUCCAAAACCCCAGUCAACCUGCCCUCCCAAGCCACACCUUCCCAAAAGCCCAUGGCCAAGCCCCCUAGCACAUAUCCAGAAUCUAAACCUAAUGACUUACAGCCACAAAGAGUCCAAGAGGACUUCUCAGAUGGACUACCAGCCAUUCCCAGCCAGAUGCCCAAACAGAAUGAUUCCGAUAUUUUUUCAAUGACUGUCAGCAAAAAGCAGAGUGGUGUGAGGAAGCGGUGGGGUGCUGGACUGUCUGACACAUGGGAUGACUGGACAGAGUUUGAUAACCUCCCCAAUAAAACCAUCAAGAAAGUGCCAGUUCCUCCAAAAAAUAAUAACAACGCCUUAGGGAAGGAAAACAAUAAUAAUGAGGACGAUGAUUUCUUAGCAAGCAUCUUACCAAAGAAGAAUCAACCACCAAAACAACAGAACAGACUUAACUCUGGUAGGUCUUCAGCAUCUUCAGCCAAACAACAUUACAUCAGUAAAGCAAGGUAUUUGCCAGGCAUCAAUCCCAAAAACAGUGCCAGGCGAGACAGUGUAAGGAGAGAUAGCUUAGGUUUAGGACUGGACUGGAACUCUGCAACAAAGACUUCACCCUUAGGACCUAUCAAUUCUAAUAAUCGUGCAGCUAGGCCUCAGAAUAUUGACAAUGAUUAUGUUCCAUCUUUUGGUAAUUCUAAAGGUAUUGGCAGUGGCUUUGGCAAUUCCAGCAAGUUCAACAGUCCCUCAACAUUUGGUAGCUCUUCUGGUGCUGGAGGUAGUAAUUUCAAUAACCCAGCAGGCAGGGGAGUGGGAGGAACAUUUGGAACCAAUCAACAAACUGCAGGUGGAGGCUCCAAGACUGGAGUGGUUGGUGCUGGGGGCUACCAAUCAUCUUUUCAACAACCUGUUGGGUCAGGUGGUUAUCAGCCAUCCAUGGCCGGUGGUUGGAAAAAGGGGGCGCCACUCCCAGCUGUUGGAGCUAACAAAAAACCUACAGGAUCCUCAAAUUAUGGACCAGGUCCAAGGCGAACUGAUUGGACAUCAAAAUAUCUGAAGUCUUGAUGUGGCUACAAGUUUUGAUUUUCGUUUUGUAAAUACUUCAAGACAGGCAUAAUCUGGUCUAGAUCCAUGUAGCAAAAUGUGAUACCCUGAUCCCUAAGUGUGGCUUGGUUUUAAAUAAAGGGAGAUAAGCCACGGACAGCAGUACUGAUCAUUAUGUUUUUAUAUUUUAAUAGUUGCUGUCAUCCAACGCUGGUCAAAUUCUACACAAUUUAAUACAGUAAUGUAACAGAAUAACAGUUUGUUUUCAUCUUUCAUUAAAGGCACAAUAAAUCUUAGUGUAAAAAUUAAAUGAAAGAAAUAUGUAUAGUAAGCUUCCCAAAAGUUUUUUCAAUUUACUUUUAAGUAUUCUUAUU